UCUCUCAUCUCAACCACUAUAAACUCAGCUCCUUUCAUACCUAAAUGUCAACAAAACCACAAAAUUUCCAAUGGGAAUCCCGCGGCUUAAAUGAAAAGAAUUUUACAAUCAAUAGCAGCCUUAACCUUUAUAUAAUUAUCGUCAUCGCUGCAGGCUUCCUCCUCGCCCUCUUCUUCUUCUUCACCGAAUGGAUCUACCACCGGUUCCUACACCGCCACUUGCCCUCCAAUACACUAUCCACAAGCACAUCUCCUCCUCAGCCUCAAGGCCUCCAACCCACCAGCAUCCAAGCAUUACCAACCAUAUUCUAUGAUUCAUCCACGAUUGCAGACUGGUGGUGCUGUAGUGGAAACUGAGUGCAGUCUAUGUCUUGCUGCAUAUGAAAAUGGUGAUAAACUUAAGGUAUUGCCUCAGUGCCUCCAUUAUUUCAAUGGCGAAUGUGUUGAUACGUGGCUUCACUCUUGGGCCGCUUGUCCUCUUUGCAGAGCUUCCCUCCUGGACAGCUCAGCUGCUGCGCCUACCUCAGACUAAAACUAGCAACAAACUGGCUCUUGGGUUCUCAUCAAGACAAGCGCAGCUUCUUUCUUUCUAUAACAGCAGGAGCAAUUGUUUGAUGGUUGAUCACACAUGCACAGAAGCCAAUAAUAAGGAAGGAGCAAGCUUCUUGAUUGGGUUCUUGAAACAAUGGAAGGAGAACAAAGAUAAGCCUUUUGGCCCCCAGCAGUCUUCUCGGAUAUGUCUCCAGCUGCAUCUCUGUGCCCAUCACUCGAGUAUCUACCUGACUACCUCCUGCGUGCUACUACAUAUGGUAUUAGUGGAUUCUUUGGUUUCUUGAUCUUCUCAGAUAUCUCAAAGAUUUAUUUAUUUAUUUAUCUAAAUUUUGGCUAUGAAUGUUAAAUUUUUAUUUAUUAAAAAAUUUAUAAACUGU